GUUGACCGCAUCCACUCUACCACAGGCAGACGAGCUGACACCUGCCCUCUACACACACCCAACAUCAGCAAUGGUAACUGCCAGUGUUCCCCAGAAAAAGUUCACGGAGCGCUUCUUGGUGAUUCUCAAGCAAUCCCAAUUCGCCUGGUUCAUCGGACAGGUGACGCUUCUGCUGUACACAACGCGUUACCUCGCGCGUAUAAUUUUGUCACGCACGUUUGAUUCACACCUGUAUCAUGUUGCUCUGUUCGGUGUUGUCGUAGCGUAUGUCAUUGUGCUGUACAAGACAUACGCUCCAAACUUUUCCUUCAAAAACUUGACGAACCGUCAAUACAUCUCGCGUUUAUUGCUGGACGACAACGUGCAGUACCUCAUGCUUGCCAGCAGCUGGCUUCGUGGACCCGCUAUCACCCUUGCCUUGCUUCCUUACGCGAUCUAUGGCUCUUUCCAUGUCGCUACAUACACGCGUCAAACUCUUCUGCCGACGCUUGUUCCUCAAAUGCUCGAUGGUUCUCAUCCCAAUUCUCCUGCGGCUCGUCUGUCCGCUCUUCUGCACGCGUACGUGCGUCAAAAGUUUCAAUUUGCCAUGGAGCUCGUUGCAGCCAUCGAGACUUUGCUGUUGCUUCGUCUCAUCUUCGGCGCCCUCAUUCUUCGUGUUUCUUUCCUCCAAUUGCUUUCCUACGUUAUGUUUCUCCGUCUCCGUUACAUUAACAGCGCCUACACGCGUACUUCGUUGCAUAACUUUACUUCUCGCGUCGACACUUUGGUUGCCAACCCCAAAACCCCCGCCUUCCUCAAGUCGGUGUGGACCACUAUCAAGUCGCUGGUGUCUAAGUUUGUGAAUGCCACUGGCACCCAAGCUGCUCCCCGCCCCGCUAACCCCACGGCUUCCGCCGCCCAUUAAGAAAUGAUAUCGUGAACGACCGACAGCACCGGAAAGUAGAAGGGAGAAGAGGAGACUAGUAGUGCGUAG